GAGAAAUGGAGAACAUCGCCCACACUUGCCAAGCUGCCUUUCUGAGGGCUGCCUCAGCGCCUGGCACCCAGCGCCGCCCCCCCCGGGCAGCCCCAGAGGCCCCUUCGCCCGCGCGGGCAGAGACGUGAGGGGGCGUCCGAGGAGGGAAAGAGGGACAGGCCAGGGUUGCCCGCGGCACCCCGACCACCCUUCACGGCACCCCAGGGCGCCUCGACACACGGGCUGGAACCCCCGGACUCGAGAGCCUCGGGGCUCCGCCGGGCGGACGCCUCUCUCUCUCUCUCUCUCAGGCCGGAGAGCAAUGGCGGCGGCGCCUAAACCACCUGCGCCUGGAAGCGCUUCCAGAAUCCCCUCCGGCCGCUUCUCGCACCUCCUCCAGCUUCUUGGCGUUGCCGGUGACGAAGACCACGCUCCUCGUCGCCAUCGCGGCGCCUCCUCGGCUCGCCCGCCCAAUCCCACCGUUGGGGCUCAACUGCCUCCUCCGCCCGCUCGAAUUGGGCCAAUGAGAGAGACGGUUAGACGGCCGGCGACUAACGGCCGGUUUCUCGGUUGGUUGGUGGGGAGCAGUGACAGACAGCUCCGCCAGCAUCCAAUGAGCUUAGAGAACGGAGGGGGAGGAGCCGUGUGAGGAAGGCGCAGGCGCAGUUCUCUCCUCGCCAUGGCGGCGGCGGCGCUGCGGCUGCUUCCCGGGCGCGCGCGGGAUUUCGCCUCGUCGGGCUACUGGGAGCGCUUCUUUCGGGAGCGAGGCGGGCGCGCCUUCGAGUGGUACGGCGAGUGGCAGGACCUCCGGGCCUCCCUGGGACGGUACCUGCGGCCGCGGGACUCGGUGAGGCGAGGAGCCGAGAGGGGGGAGGGCGAGGAGCGGGGCCCGAGGAACUCACCGCCUCGUGAUACGUAGGCGCCUUCGCCGCGCGCGCUCUUUGCGUCCCCUGCUGAAAACAGCAAUACUAUUAUGUAUUGCAUCUUCACCCGAAGAUCUCAGGGUGGUUUUAAUGAAUUGCAAUUCCCCUCCCCCUGAUUUUAUGGUUUUUACCUUUCUGUAAAUCAAUUUGAAGUUUUAUGGUUGUAAUCAAGUAGUGUAUUGAUUUUAUUAAAUAAGUAAAUAAAGGCGUGGAGGGACGGUUAAAACAAGUGUUUUAGAGGAUAUUGUAGGGUUGUGAAAGGUUCAGAGAAGGGCCAACACAAUGAUGUUGUAUGUUGCAGUGUUUAUAGCAUGAAAGCAACACUUUUGUGAACAGCCCCUUGCAGCUCUCUCCCCCCCCAUUUCCUCCACUUAUUGUGAGUAAGGAACAUCCUGUAUAUGCUGCUGAAUGAGAAUAGUUGUCAUGUUUUAAUGCUUUCAAAGGGUAUUUAAAACUCAUUGCCAGAAGAAAAUGAGCAAAUUGGCAGGAAAACUCAGCCCUCUGGCUCCUGUGUUUUUCAUUUCAGUGGCCUUUGUGUAGUGGAACUUGUUGGUGAUUACCUUUUUAAUUUUUUUUUUAUUUUCUUCUGACUUCUACACAACCAAUUGCUUUAUUUGGGAGUAUUUUGUGAUACGUAGCAACUGUAGUUCUGUAGUAGUGGUGAUAAUCCUUCACAUGUUCUUGUCUCUGAAUUCAUGAGACUUCUUGGAAAGUCUGUUUUAAGAAACCAUUUUGGUUUGCUCACAAGGCAUGUGACAUUCCUUAUGUGUUUUCCCACUAGAUUCUUGUGGCUGGCUGUGGGAACUCAGAACUGAGUGAGCAGCUCUACGAUGAAGGGUAUCAAGAUAUCACCAAUGUGGACAUCAGUGAAGUGGUUAUCAAGCAGAUGCAAGAGCGCAAUGCUCACCUGAGGCCGAAGAUGACUUACAUGGUCAUGGAUGUGUUGCAAAUGGAUUUUCCUGAUGAGCGCUUCCAAGUGGUACUGGACAAAGGCACACUUGAUGCCCUCCUGACUGAUGGGGAAGAGACCACGUUGAGUAGGGCAGAAAGGAUGUUUGCUGAAAUUAGCCGUGUUCUGCAGUUUGGGGGCCGCUACCUCUGCGUAACCUUGGCGCAAGCACAUGUAUCGAAGAUGGCCAUAGAAUAUUUCUCCCGGGAAGGCUGGAUGGUGCGAAUACACCAAGUCUCUGGCAACAAAGCAGGAACGUCAGAGGGAGAAUUUGCCCUGCCCAUCUUUGUCUAUGUCAUGACAAAGAUUAGGCGUGUCCCAGGCUCUGCUUUAUGCAUCCUGGAGCUGUGUGCUGAAGCACAGGACAAGCCUAUCCGGUUCAAGAGCACUGAGCAUCUGAUUGAGGCAGUGAAAGAGAGGCAACACUACUCUCUGCUACGGAGCCAGAUCAAUAAGAACCCCAGUUCAGGCACGGUCUCACUGGACCUUUGCAGCAAGGACACUGGCCGAGCCCGUUACACUUUGCAUGUGGUGCACAGCCUGAAUGUGAAAGCGUCUUUUGACAAUAAAUUCGCUAUCUUCAUUGGUAAGUUUUUAUCUCCUUGGCUGGCCAAGGUUGGAAAGUUCAAGUUAAAUCUAAACAAUCCAAGAGUCUCAACUGAGUCUCCCUCCCACACUGCCAGUAAUGUUUAAGAAGUGGAUAUGUUUUAUUAUUAUUAAAGCACCACCACCAAGUAUACUGAAAAGCAGUGUUUUAAGAACAGCAAAUGGUCUGUUUACAGCAUUAUUUUUGCUCUUAGUGAAUUUACAAACAUUGGUUAAUAAUCCCAUGUAUUUUUUUUGUCCCCAUUGUGUAGUUUCUCAUCUUCUUACUUCCAAAGGAAAACAGCAGCAAGCCUGAAUAGAUUUAAAAAAGGGGGGGUGGCUUUUACAACUGAUUCUAGACAUGUCUGCUUUUCCUGUUAAAGUGAAGUGAACAGCAUCUGCUGCCAAUUCAUAGGAGUACAAACCGAGCCCGUAAAAGAAUUGUCUUGAGGAUAUAGUCAUGAUGUCUGUACUAUUAACAUUCCAUAUUGGAGAUGGAGUAGCAGUCUUUGACUUGCUUCAGCAAAGCCCACAUAAGAUGUUGGAACGCUCUGACUUUGUUCACGUACUUGGACAAUUGUUUCUUUAUUGUCUAUAUUUUCCAUUUUGCCUCUCCCCAGUACCACAGGGCAGAGAAACUGAGUGGCUCUUUGGGACGGAUGAGGGACGGAAGCAGUUGGCUACAUGUGCGGGAUUCUGGCGUCUAGUAACUGUGGCUUUGCACAGAGAUCAACACUAUGAAGGUAUGGAAGCAAUCCAGGCAGAACUGUCGGAAAAGGUGAUGGAGCUGGCCCCACCUGGUCUCCCAGCUGGGCAGCAGGUAAAUGCUGAGGAGCUUCUAGAAUUAGAAAUGAUUUUUUCAAGGGCUGCAGAGAAUGAAACUAUGUUACAUUUGCUGAUGGCACAAGGCUUUUGCUUAAUGUUCUCUUGAUGCAGGAGAUGAUGGUAGAGGAACUCCACUGACCACUCCUUAGGGAGGUGCUAGAUGCCUCUGAACAGCAGCAGUCAAAGACUGCACACUUCAGCCAUCCUUUGAAAAAGAGUGUGUGGAGCUUUCCUAGCUACUGCUGCCAGAUGUAGGAGCAUUAGAAACAUAUCAACCACAAUUUUGACUUGUAUGUAUGGGCCUAUUCAAGCAAGAUAAACUAAAUAUGUUUUACAAGAUCAAGUGGAUCUAGAAUUCUUAGAAUAAAAUUAACAUUUUGCCUAAAAUCCAAGAGAGCAGAUCACAGACAAAACUGAGGCAGACAGAACAGUGGCCCAACCCACUUUAAGGUACCGUAUUUUUUCGCCCUAUAGGACACACUUUUUCCCCUCCAAAAAUGAAGGGGAAAUGUGUGUGCGUCCUAUGGGGCGAAUGCAGGCUUCAGGAAGCUAUCUGCAAGCCUUGGGAGCUCGCGGGAGUUCCCGCCGGGCUCCCCCAGCUUGCGCAGCGCUGCCUCUUAUCCCAAAGCCCCGGCGCGCUGAGCAGUCGCACCGGGGCUUCCGGUAGCUCUGCGCAAGCCGCGGGAGGGCUCCCCUGGCUUGCACAGCGCUGCCUCUUAUCCCGAAGCCUCAGCGAGCUGAGCUGUCGCGCCGGGGCUUCGGGUAGCUCUGCGCAAGCCGCAGGAGGGCUUGAGGAGAGCAGCCUGUUCUGGGGGCUGGGAUCGGGGGAAGUUCGGGCUUCCGCCGCCCCAGCAUCGCGCCUUGGGGGGAAAAUAAUUUUUUUUCUUUAUUUCCCCCCCAAAAACCUAGGUGCGCCUUAUGGGCCAGUGCGCCCUAUGGGGCGAAAAAUACGGUAAUUUCACACAUGAUCUGUUUAUUUGUCUGUUUCCAUGCUUUUUGAUAAUGCCUUCUGUAAGGUGGUGGCAACCUCUGACCAUCUUCUCCUGCAGGUGCCUUUUCUGUCAGUGGGAGGUGACAUUGGGAUCCGCACCAUCCAGCAUCGUGGAACGAGCCCCCUUAGUGGGGAAUAUGUUAUUGAGGAUGUGAAAGGUGAUGGUGCCCACUACUUCCGCCGCCUUAUCUUCCUCAGCAACAGGAAUGUGGUGCAGUCAGAGGCGAGACUUUCAUUCAGAGGUUCCCACAAAGGUGAAAUGAGGUGUGGUGAAGAUGAAAUGGGGAUGACCUUACUGCAAGGAAAUGAGGCUUUGCCAAGUAACUGCCAACUAUUGACCCGUAAAAUGAGGUUGCUGGGAGGUGUGGGAAGCAGAAUCAUAGGGACUGGGCAAGUGUGGAAAUAGCAAGUUGUGGCAAAAACAUGCACAAUCUGGAGUGAGUAUGUUUCAGUUGCAACAGAGGAGGCUUCCAUUCCUCUGAUUUUUGGAGAGAACUAAACUAUGAGUUGUGUGUGUGCAUGAAAGCUUGUAAAAUAAGGGGGGGUCAUGUGGCACUUCCUCUCUGCAUUGAGUAUGUGCAGGCAUCCACAGUUCCACUCACCUGUUCACUAGUUAUGAGUGCCGCUUGAAAGGGAUUCUGAGGAGUUUUCCCAUAUCUGAGCUUUGGGCAUGUGAGGACUGCUUUUCCCUCCAGACUGCCUAUCUGUUCUUGUUAAAUGGCUUGAGGAAUUUGCAGUAAGAAUUAAAUAUUAUAAACCUCUGUGAAUAAAUACAGAUCCCUGCUGCUGCUGUCCUGUGCCCCAUUGUGUGUCAAGAUUGCAUGAAUUCAGUUUUGGUGCAUGAAGUCCUUUUAUCUGACCCCUUAGCAGUAUUAAGGGAGCCUCCUUUAUGUAUGUACUGAGGGCAUAAAUAACAGUGGGGAGAAUAAAUCUUCUGGGUUAAUGAUUCUAAAUAAGCACAACUCUUAUUUACAGAACAGGAGCUAGACUGCAAGGGUGUGUUUCCUGUCUGCAAUCUACCUUUAGAAACCAAGUUACUCAACUCUAAAUGAUUCUUAUGUAUUAGGCCAAAAGGAGCUCUCUUGCUUGUACAAGGAAAAAAUGCUUUCCACGUUCUUUGAAGGUAGAGAAGAGAAUUGUAGAAUUAACAAAGCCAUCAGAAGAGGCUGUACUAAAAAAGAAGAGACUACUAUAUGAAAGAAAAAAAAUUAUUGAGAGGGCUUAGGUCUAGCAGAGAAUAGAUUCUUGCUUCGUGCUCAGCUUGAAUCUAGUGGGGGGACAGGGACAUGCCAGGAGCUAUUUGGAGUUGCUGUCUCCUGCCCCAAAUGUUUUCAGUGAUCACACCUCCUUCCAUACUAUUUCUGCAUGGCAGGAAUAGGUUUGCCCGUUUAAGUUGUUGUUGUUUUGCUUUCAGGGAAUAAGAAGCACAAAAAAAAGAAAAAAACAGCCUCCAUUAACUCUGCUGAGCCUGCUGCUGUGCCAGCCGGUCAGUCCAUCGACAAAACCUAUCUGUGUUGUGCUCACCAUAGAGCCAUGAUUGCAGGAUUGUGCCUGCUGAAAAAUCCUGAGCACCUCCCAGGUAAUUAGUAAGAUCAACCUAAUUUCCAUUUUCACUUGUCAUUUGGGUGAGAAGUUGUGUUUGUUCCAGAAAUUUGCUAGCUGUUUCACAGCUAAAAUGUAGCCUGCACAAAAAGCUUGAGGGAAUCCUGCUGCUUCUCUACAGCCAGGCAUUUUCAGAUUGCUAGCAGUAAUUUCACUGAUCCAUUGUCAAUGUAGAUUGUGAAUAAGAAAACAAGAGUCUGGCACCCUAACCAUUCCUGAAAUCUUCCAUAAAUUUUCAUUGGCUAGAGCCCACUUUGUUAGACUGGAAUGAAAAGGAGAGUGGGGACUGUUAGCAGGCAUACAUAUAUGAAUAAAAGGGGGUGGGGUGGAAUUAAAUUGAUGGCGCCAAAAGGCAAUAAAAUGCACUGGGUAAUGGCGUCACAUUUCUCUGGGUACACAAGAGGUAGCCUUGUUUGCUAGUACAAAUGAAUACCACCACUUCUGAGAGACUGUUCAAAAUGACUCCAUGCAGAUGCUGGCUUUAUGCUUUAGUUUCCCAUGAGAUAAGAUUGUUACUGCCAGUGUCUAAAUCGUCCUCAGGGCUACAGUUCAAAUCUGUUAAAGUCCAUAAUAUGCCCUUCAAAAUGUGCCAGUAGGAGCACAACUUCCAUUAAGUUCGCAGUUGUAAUAGAGCCAUAGGGGGUUUACAUAUGUAUUGGGGUUUGGUUAGCACUGAGUUGGGUGAUAUGGUGAUAUGGAUAUCUCACACCUCGUAACUUGCAGAUGCGUCCUAUCAGUUAUACCUGUUGAUUCAUGCCUGCUUUGUGUGCUGAUUGCAGAGGCCCUGAUCCGUGUGCUGGUUAUUGGCCUGGGUGGCGGCAGCCUGCCCCUCUUCAUCCAUGACUACUUCUUGCAGUGCUCUAUUGAUGUAGUGGAAAUUGACCCAGCUAUGUUGGAAGUGGCUACACGCUGGUUUGGCUUUUCACCUGAAGACAGGCUCAAAGUUCACAUUGCAGAUGGCUUAGUUUAUGUUGACAACCUUGCAGCAGAAGGUAACCAUUUCCCAUAUAAGCCUGUGUAAUCUGUUUGCCUUCCAGAGGCCAAGCAUUUCAUGAUUCUCCAAAGAAUCUCUGUUGUACUCCUGCUUUUUUGUGUUGCCUACAUGUCAGAGUUGACCCAAGGGGUUGGGGAGAGGGGUCUGCCCUGGUAUAUAAAUCUUUUUCUUUACUUCCAUCUCCCCUUCUGCUUGAGAGAUUGGUGGGAUGGGGGCUUUUGGGGGCCCUUCUGUGUCACAAUAUGGGGAAAUGUGCAUCAAAUUUAGAUUUUUUGUUGUUAUUCAAUAUUUUCUCAGAUUAUUUGUAGUCACUGUGACUCAACACUGUAUUUUGGAUUGUCCUGGACCUGAAUACAACCAUUGGGAAAAGAUGCCACACACACUCAGAGGAGAGAAAGGAAAUAAGAAUAGCUAUGAUUCUACUUUCAGCUGCCUCCAACUCCCAAUUCCCUUGUUCCGUUUGGCAGUGGUUAUGGUAGUGAGGGGUCAAAGAGAAGUAAAUGCAAAAAAACCCCUAAGGUAGAGUAGUUUCUUUUGAGGGUACCCCAAUGUCUAGGGCAGCCUUUUUCAGAUGAUGAUGUUGUACUACAACUUCCCUCAGUCCUGACUGCUUGCCCUUCUCACAAGGGAUGAUGGGAGUUGUUGUCCAGCAAAACCUGAGACCCUGGGUUGAAAAAGGCUGGUUUAGGGCAUUGCACUUCACUGCACAAUUUCUAUGGCAUUAAUGCAUGUCAGUACAGUGGUACCUCUGGUUGUGAACGCCUCUGGUUGCGCAUGCUGCGGGUUACGAGCUCUGGUAACCUGGAAGUAGCCGCUCCCGGUUGCAAACUUUGCCCCGGGAUGCGAGCGGAAAUCGCAUGCCAGAGGGAGACACACUUUCGCUAAUGGCACCUCAGGUUACAAGCAGUUUCCGGUUAUGAACGGACCUCCGGAACGGAUUCUGCUCGUUACCAGAGGUACCACUGCAGUAAGUGCAUUCCUAUGGAAACAAAUGGGCUUCCUAGACCAUCCUUUGCCAAUAGUUGUGUUCACUGUGUUCAAAAUAUCUGGAGGACACUAGGUUUUGGAAGGCUGUACUAGACACCCUUGAGAUGGAUGGAAAUUGUUUCCAAAUACCUUGUUGCUAGAUAACUGCUGUUUACAGAGAGUCCUGUUGGUAAAAGACAGAUUGGCGUGGACACACUGUUGGCUAUUUUAGUUUGACCCCAGGGCACUUGCAUAUCCAAACACUUGUUCUGCUUCACCCUAUUUCUGUUGAUCUCACAGAAACACACUCCUGUUUUUCUUCAGCUUCAUCCUCUUAUGAUGCCAUCAUGUUUGAUGUGGACAGCAAGGACUCUGCCUUGGGUAUGAGCUGCCCACCCCCAGCCUUUGUGGAGAAGUCCUUCCUUCAGAAAGUGAGGACCCUUCUGAAGAAGGAAGGUGAGGGUCAAUGGGCCUUAAGUGCCCUGGGGCAGAUACCUGUCGUUUUCAUUGUUUCUGACUAAAAGCCAUUACAGAUUCAUUCACAGAUCCAGCAAGUCCAUUAAAGCCUGUUAAAAGAAAUCCAGAGAUAUACAUCCUUUUACAAUAAGUCAAAUUAAUGAAUUGCAUGCACAAUCUACAGCAUUGUCUUUUAUAUAGCUAGCACGAAUACUUUUAGCGGCUUUAGCAAAUAGGGCUGUUUUGUAUGUGACAAGCAGAUCACAGUCAGAUAACAGCAAACAUAUUUUCACUUCAGGAUUCUGUCCCUGUAGUGGUGCCUGUUUAUCUUGGUAGUUCAAAUGCAAUAUGGUAUCAAGAUUUGGGGGAUGAUAACCUGAAAUAAUAACCUGAAAGACCUGGAAGUGUGCCAGAAUAAGUUCCUAAGGUAUCUACUCACACAAAAUGCGCCUAGAACAAUGGGAAUUUUGAACAUUGUACCUUAUACACACACACACACAAAAUCCAACCUUGCUACACCUGUCUUGGCCCCUUUUCUCACACCCAGAAGAUAAAAACUUUUAAAAACAAUCCUCCUUGUCUGCCAACAUUCAAACACCACCCUAGGCUAUGGAUCAACUACUCAACCUACCCCCACAAAUCAGUAAACCCCCUCCCCCACCCCCUCCUACAAACAAAUCUAAAUGGGUGCUCUGUGAUCUCUGACAUCUGCUUUGUAAUAAUCAAUGUGUCUUAUUCCUCUCUGCAGGCCUCUUCAUUCUAAAUUUGGUGUGUCGAGACACCCAGCUUCGAGAUGCUGUUCUGGCUACCCUAAGAGAGACUUUCCCUUUGCUCUAUGUCCGGAGGAUUGAGGGGGAGGUAAAUGAAAUCCUAUUCUGCCAGCAGCAGGCUAAGCACAAGCUACCUCCUGCAGAGCUCCGAGACACAGCUCAGAUUCUGGAGAAGGCCCUGCGACAACCUGGUCAAGCAUGGGACACUACUUAUGUCCUGGCAGAUGUACUGGAAGCAGUAAAACUGGUGUGAAGAAGGAUAAUUCAGUCCCAUAUAGUACUUUCUGGAGAGAAGCAGCAGCCUACUGAGGUUUGAGAUUAAUGCUGCCCAUCUGUUGCACUCCCACACUUGUACUGCGGAACGACUGUCCAUCUAUUCAAAGCAUUGUAGGGAUAAAAUGUCCCUGGACUGCCCUUGAAGGCUGCACACGUAGCCCUUCUUCAUGGAAACGGAGAUGUUUAGGAUAUGUCCUAUAAAUGGUGCCAUGAGCACUUUUCAGGAGUAACUGCUUAUCCUGGACGUUCCUGAAAAUUGGGGUAAUGAAAAUUGCCUUUCUCAUUCUGUAUAGUUUUUUAAAAAUCUAACAUUAGGUGCAGAUAAAUCAGUCCCCUUUGCUUAAAAUAAAAUAUCUUUCUAUUGUGCAGUAGCUGUUGUAGUGUGAAGCAAUAAUUAAUGAUUUCUCCCAACAUUUAAAAAUAGGCAAGGUGAACUGUGGUAUGUACUUAAAAAAUGGAAUCAUUGCUGGGUGGGAUAGAAACAGUAGCCUUCCUUACAGAAAAGUGUGAUGCAAGAGGGAGUCCCUUCAACACUGUGUAAAGGGUUUUGUGCCUACAGGGAGGCAAACAGCGUCUUUACCAACAUUGUGAGCACAUUACUGACACUCUCUUAGCCCUUCUGUGAAAGUGGGAAAAAUUCAAGUCUGCAUAUUUCAGUUCUACCUCAGUGUGAGUCACCACCAAUUAGACAGAAGCUUCCCGGUCUACUGUGGCAUGACCUUUUUGUAAUGUCUAAAGCUAGUUGCGAAAUACCCAAGAGGAGGAAAAGAAACUCCCCAAGAUUGCCAAAAAAUACAACAGAAAGCUCAGUGUGGGGCAGGCUGCCAGUGGUCUUCACAAUGGAGAGGAAAAACAAGACUGAACUUAGCAAGUUGUUUUUUAAAUGUGUACCAUUUGAAUUAUAAAGCUAGUGUUCUUCCUGGGUGUCAGGUGAGGCAGGAGUUUAAUCAGAAAUAGUUCUUCCUCUUGGCCACGGGUAUUGUCAGAGUGCUAGGAUGUUGGGGUGCAUGUAGCUUCCCCCAAAAAGCCAAGAGGCAAGGUGGCUUCCUCCUCCUCCUCCCCCCCCCAUUGCCUUGCAAGGAAUGAGCGAGUCACAGACAGAAUGACUGGCUUUUCCUUCCCUGUCCUGAACAGGAAAUAACCUUUCUGAAAGGGUAUUUAGGCCUUCCUUCUAUUUCUCCUCAGCAGCCACAGAAUGGUAUCCAACAGCAAUAUUUAGCAAACUUGUCACCCUUCAUAGAGAAAACAUCCAAAUAUGCAGUCUAAUCUCUGACUUCAAAACAAGAACUUCCAACAUCCUGUACCAAAGUAAAUUCAGCCAACGUAAGAUUGGUGGUUACAGAACACCAGCUCCAUUUGCUGCAUUGAUCUAUGGACAGUCUUGUUACAUUUCUAAGAAUGAGGUUCUCUAAACAUUGAUCUGAUACCUGCUGAACACAACACGUCCCAGUGGCACUCAGUGGUCAAUGAAGUGGGACCCCCAAAAUGGUGACAUACAAGACAUAAAUCUUGUGACUGAGGUACAGCAUGAGAAAUCAUUGGCUGCAGAAUUUUCGAUCCUGGCGGGAGAGUAGCAGAAGAAAUCUGAAUCUCUGUGGCAUAAAAAGAUCUUUCAGUAACUCGUUGCCAUAUCUUUGAACCCUAGGUUUGAUGAGACACAUUCACCUUAAAUAUGCAACUUGCUUUACUAAGACAAAAUAUCCUUUAGGUUUUGUAUACUGAAAGGGAAGGGGAUUCGGAUACAUCUUGCUAGCCUUGAUAUCACUACUUCAUUUUGAACCUGGUUAAGAGCCCACGUCUCCCCUGCAGACAUUUGAGAUACUGAACUGACAGAAUUGUAUGAAUGACAACAUCCAAGAUUAGGACUCUAAGCAAAACAUUGUGCAGAGAUGGUGCUUAUGGUGCCCUGAGAACCAUUAGGCGUUAUGGUUUUGUAACAAGUCUUGAUUGGUCUGGAUUGUAUAUGUCUGUUUUCAGAGGCUCUUUCUGCCUUCCGGCUUGUACUGCAGAGCAAACAUGCCUGCAGAGUGCUCAGAUAUAUUCCUCAUUAGGAGAGACAACCUCUUAAACUCCUCAUGCUCUGAAACUAGAAUAAACUUGUUUCAGGAUUUGAUUUCACUUCUUCAACCCUAUUUGACCCCAAAAAAGGCAAUGCGAUGACCAUUAUACUCCAACAAAUCUUAACCCUAGUUUGAUCAGGAAUGCCCCGCUGUGAAGCGGUCUUUGUUGGGAAAAUACAGGAACUAUAGGUCUGCCAAUCUACCCUCACUCCCUGCAGAGUGGUUUGAAGCUAAACAAAAUUAUAAAGCUUUGAUCAAAAAGAAAAAGUUUCAGGCCCAAAGGGGAGAGUGGCAAUGUUUAAUAUAGACCUCUCGAAGGAGGGACUCAGCCACCUUUUGGAAAAUAGUCGCAAAAGGAUGGCAAGAUUCCCCCUCCGAAGUGGAAUAUACCAUCUCUGUUGGGAUUUGGGAGUCAUACUUCCAAUCCUUAUACACAACUAAGCAACAUCUCUCCCUACCUCUAAGUGAUAUUGGUGCUGAGUGGCCCCCGGUGUCAACUGAAGAAGCUCGCAAGGCUCAUUCAAUCUCUUAAACUUGGCAAAGCUCCUGGUGCAGACAAUAUUUCACCCGAGCUUCUUAAGGCCAGUGUUGAUUUGCGGGCCCCAGUGCUUGCUGCCUUGUUCACCAGCAUAGAUCAAUUAGCUACCAUCCCAGAGGAUUGGGGAUUGGGAGUGAGGGCAUGGGGAAAUAUCUAGAUAUCACUACAUUGGUGUCUGUUGCCAACUAUCCUUGGCAAAGAAAUAUCAGUAAAAAAGCCAAAAGAGACCUUAUGCCAACCUUUUAAGCUAAGGAACCCAUCUUCAGGCAUGAUCUUCAAACAGUCAAUGAAAGCACUAAAGGCAACCAAAUUGAUGUUCUAGCCUUCCAGAAACAUAUCAAGGGACUAACAGUUCACAGUUCAUUUAUUUGGACAGCAUGUCUGCAAAGGUUUAUGACAAAUCAGAGAUUUUUCAUUCUCCAACAGGAGGGCCAACAAGGCUAUAGUCAAGAUAGAGGUCUAUCCAACCACAUUUUCAAAUAAUUUUCAUAGUAGAAAUUAUAUUACCACAGCAGAUACCCCAUGUAUUCAAACAGGCAGCAUUAAACUUAGUUAAUAAUAAUAAUUAUUUGCUAUUUUCAAAGUAAUCUGAUUGAUUCAAGAAUAAAUAAAAAGAGGUGUAAGUGAUGCAUUUUGCAUAAUGUAUAUAGUUUGGCCUCGAAGGAAGGCCACUGUGCAGUAGCUCCUCUUCAAAAGCACGGACGAAAGAAGAUGAAAAAAAGGAAUGAGAAUUAGCGGAAGUAUAAAUACUCAAAAGGGCUUAUUUAUGUAUGUUCUCUAUUCCUAAUCCUUUUGGCAUAUUUGAUAUUGGUAUAUAUUUGAAAUGUAACUGAAUACAACAAAAUAUUUCAUAACUGGACAAAUUCUGGAAAUACAAAUACUGACAC